GCGGAAAAGCGGUAGUGUGUUUCUGUAAGUGCAGAUAAAGGCGAACCGGGUGUUUUUAUCAAGUCCUUUCAUACAGGGAUAACGUACGACUUUAGUUCCGAGCCCGGUGAAAUGGCGGUUCCUGCGGGUCAGACGGACGUCCAGAUGGACCGCGGCGCCCUGAGCGGCCAGACGGUUUCCUCCGAAAACAACAUAGACAUCGACGAGAAAGAGUUGGAAAACAUCACAAAGAAACACCGAGAAGAAGACACGGCGACGCUGCCUCUGCACUCGCCUUGGACGUUUUGGCUGGACAGGUCACUGCCCGGCACCACAGCAGCAGAAUGUGAGUCCAACUUGAAGAAGAUCUACACAGUGCAAACUGUUCAGAUGUUCUGGAGUGUAUACAACAACAUCCCUCCAGUCACAGCCCUGCCUUUGAGAUGUAGCUAUCACUUAAUGCGCGGAGAGCGGAGGCCGCUGUGGGAAGAAGAGAGUAAUGCAAAGGGAGGCGUAUGGAAGAUGAAAAUACCAAAAGAAAGCACUUCUGCAGUUUGGAAAGAAUUGUUACUCGCUACUAUUGGAGAGCAGUUUGCAGAUUACUGCGCCUCAGAUGAUGAGGUGGUUGGCGUCAGCGUUAGCGUCCGGGAUCGGGAAGAUGUUGUACAGGUGUGGAAUAGCGAUGCAUCUCUCGCUAAUGAAGCAAAUAUCUUGGGGAAAGUUUAUGAGCUGCUCCCGUACAUAUCUUUUAAAGCUGUUUUUUAUAAGUCUCACAUGGAGCAUCAUGCCUUUGAGGGAGGACGCUCAAGACAUUAGAUUCUACUGCUGCCCCCCCCCCCCCCCCCCCCUUUUUUUUUUCUAACCCGAACUCUGUUCCUGCCUUGGCGUGAAGGCGCUGUCCACAACCUAAUCGAGGAUAUUAUUUUGCUCUCAACAAGGAAAUGUUAUCAAUCUAUUUUUAUAACUUUUAAGGACUGAUGCCUUGUUUCAUUUAAAUGUGGGUCCUAACAGCUCGAAACUCUCGAGAGAAUGUUUAUCCAGCGUAAAUCUCACCCCGAGUUCGUUACUUCACGUCGUUUUUUUGCCUUUCCUGCUACACUGAACUGCACUGCCACCAUGGUCCCGUCAUGUGCACAGAUUGUGGACCUCGCAAUUUUAUUCCUGGUAGAGGUAGCAGCUACUUAACCUAGCUAGAUUCAGCUGUUGUGUAUGUUAGACGUAUGCAUUCAUGUCGUGUUUUAAUCAAGUCUGCUUUUUCGGUGCCAAAGCACUUUCCUGCCAUUUAAGGAGCUUGUAUCUUAAUGGUGAAGGUGUCGUUUGUAUUCAGCUGGACAUUUGCCACUUGGAUGGAGGUGAAUGUCCCAAUUGGUUUCUUGAAUCUUCAUCAAGUGUACAUCAAACUGAAAUCAGGGUAACAUUUCAAAGAUAUUGCACAUAGCUGCCAGUUCCCAUUAUGAUGUUAUCUAGUUAUAAAGCUGUCAUAUAGCACAGAUAGGACAUUCAGAGCCUGCAUAUUUGGCUUGUGAUUUUAUCUUUUUUUUUUUUUUUUUUUUUUAGCGUUAUCCUGUAAGGUGCCUCUAACAAUGCUCCUCUCCACACCCUGUUGGACAUUUCUUUCAAUAUACGUGUUGAAAGACCCCACCCCCGCCCCGCUCUCUUAAACGGAGUCAUAGAUUGUUUGGGGGAGAUACAUGGCACAUUUUUGUGCUCGGCUCUUUGGUGUUUGCCUCUACUUGUUUCUCCUACCAAUAAAUCUAGUAGUUUGCUUACUUGGACUGUGUCCAUUAAAACACACACACACACAGAGGGAAAGGGGCUGGAUUAUUGGCUUAGAAGAAUGUUACUGAAGGUCCUGCUUUUCCCAGAUUUAGCAAUGUUUGUAAAAGGAAAAAAUAUGAAUAAGCAAAAAAACAGCAGAUAUGACAAGUUUCAGUUGUCACGACAUCGAUGAAAAAAAUUACACUUAUACUGUAGGUCAUAAUUCUGUCCCAGUCAUACGUUUUUAUUCGUAUUUUUAAUUUUUUGAGGACAAACCUUUUUUCUGCGCCUCAAUCGGUUUCCUUCACUAACCCUGUUCCCGUGCCGUGGUUUUAUUGCAGUGUAGGGCUUCAGUUACUGAAACGCUUCUGGUAUGUCAGCACCACUUUUAUAGUUCAACUUUGGACGGGUUGAUGGUUACGAGAGGAGAAUUUGUCCUUUGUAAACAUAUUGUGCAGCGAUACGGGCAAAGUAAAUAAAAUGGAGCCGAAAAUGAAGUGCUUAUCACCGGCGUUUCAUUUUGCACAAUACAAACAUCAAUAACAGGCCCGUUAAAGGAAAUUAAUGUUAUUUCAUGGGGAAUGUCUCGGUGUAUUAAAAGCUUUUGCAUAUCCUCAGCCACUUUGUGCUAAUUCAUUCUGGCAGCGCAUUGAUUUUAGUCCUCACACACCCUGUAAUCGUAAGACCUGAUUUUAAAUACUGACUGGUGGUGAUUAUAUGACUGAUAACCUCAGCUUUUCAGUCAUGAAUUUUUUGACCUUCCAUGAAGCAAGUUUGCUGCUGUUAACAUUAAUACUGGCGUUAGAAGAGAACAACUUGCUGUUGCUGUUUGGAAAUAAGAUGCAGGCCUCAAAAUCACAAGAGGCUAAAGGAUGCAAUGGAUAUUCUCAUUAUCACAUAUAAUCUGUAUAAUGUACCUCGUGUAGCUUUCAGUAAACUUUCUCAGAGACCAGAAAGGCUCAACCCAUCUAAAAUGACCUCAUUCACAACACAAGUAGUUGCUGCAAAGUUCCUUGUAAGUUCACUGACCCCCUCAGUCUAAAUACUUGUAUGAAAUGUUUUGGCAAUAAACACUGCAACAUU